AUGUCGGGUACAGAUUCAGACGAGGCUAUAUUAGCCCUGGAAAAUAAGGUAACUUCCUCUGAAACACUCUUUUCCUCAAAAAUAACGAAAAUCCUUUGCAGAUGCUGUCUUAUUGUAAUUUGGUUCCUGUUGGUUGUUGGGGAUUCGAUGAUGAUGUUAAGGAGUCAUUGAAACAAAGAAAACACAGUUUGGUGAAUCGGCAAUUGUCGAAAAGUGGGUUUUUUCUGGAAUUUCAGACAAAUUUUCACGAAAAUUUGGGAUUUUCAGAGGAACGCAAGCAAUUUUCGGCGCAACAAAAACAACAAUUGGCCAGGAAUUUGGGAUUGGUUCCAAAUACUGUGCAGGAGGUUAUUGAGUGGAUGUCGACGUCUAAAGAAUUGUCCAAAGUUCAGCCGGUGGUAAGAGCUAGAAAUCUUAAAAUUUAUCUGAAAUUCUCUUCCAGAAAGCUAAAGAUUUGCCGAAAAAGCCAGAAACUCAACCAAAACCUUUGAAAAAUGCUCAAAAACCUGCAGAACCAGAAGAAUCUGAGGAAUCUGAUGAUGAAGCUGAAACUGCAGCUGAAAAUCCUGAGGAAUCUGAAAAUGAAGAAGAAGAUCAAGAUUCUGAAGAAGAAGAAGACGACGAUUCAACAGACGAGGAAAUCGAGCCAGAAGAGGCGCAAAAAUUGGAGCCGGCAGUCAAAAAACUGAAAUUAUCCUCUGAAAAUCAAGAAUCCGCUCAAAAAUCCCUGCCAAAAACCAAUGAUAAAAUCGAUAAAGAAAUUGAGAAAUUGGAAAAUGGAGAGGAUAACGAAUCGCCGGAAAUUAAGCGACAAAUUGCACUUUUGAGAUUGCAGAAGAAGUUGAAGGAUAUGAAACGUGAGGAAUUGAGGGAAAUCGGGGAGAAUGAGCUGAAAAUUUGGAUUUUUCAGGGAAAAAUUAGGCUGGACGCGGGAAUUUGGGAGAUUUUGCGUAGGCGCUGCUUAUUUUUCUCUGCGCUCUCUCAAAAUAAUGCAUAGGCGCUGCUUAUUCCUCAAAAGUGGGCGGAGCCUAUUUCUCUGCACUCUCUCAAAAUAAUGCAUAGGCGCUGCCUAUUUUCAGUAGGCGCUGCUUAUUUUUCUCUGCGCUCUCUCAAAAUAAUGCAUAGGCGCUGCUUAUUUUUCUCUGCACUCUCUCAACAUUAAGCAUAGGCGCUGCUUAUUCUAAAAGUAGGCGCUGCCUAUUUUUCUCUGCGCUCUCUGAAAAUAAUACAUAGGCGCUGCUUAUUUUCGAAAGUGGGCGGAGCCUAUUUCUCUGCGCUCUCUCAAAAUAAUACAUAGGCGCUGCUUAUUUUUCUCUGCGCUCUCUCAAAAUAAUACAUAGGCGCUGCUUAUUUUUCUCUGCGCUCUCUCAAAAUAAUACAUAGGCGCUGCUUAUUUUUCAAAAGUGGGCGGAGCUUAUUUGGGCGCUGCUGAUUUUUCUCUGCGCCCUCUUCUAAUAAUACAUAGGCGCUGCUUUUUUCUCUGGAACUUGAGAUUUUCUAAUAAAAAGUUGGCGUAACUUGGUUCAUUUGAAGUCUAAUUUUAUAUGAAAGUAGGUCAAAAUUGAUAUUUCUCCUCAAAAAUUCAAUAUUUUUUACAGAAGAACGAAAAGGAAGCUCAAAAACCGCAAAAUUAACCCCGGCAAUGACCUCUAAAUUGGCCGAAGAAAAACGAUUGAAACGACGAGAAAGUAAAAUGAAAUUGAAGCAAAGAAGAGCUGAGGAAAAGAAGCAAAAAGAAGAGGUUAAGCAGGAAAAGACUGUGUAAGUUUGGGGGGUUUUUGACCUGAAGUUGACCUCAAAUCUGAAAAUUUUCAGGAAAAACGAAGGUGCUCAAGAUGAUAGCGAGAAUACUGUGAAAACCAACGGAAUCUCGUUCAAUAAAUUGAAAUUCGAAAUCAAGGAGGAUAAACAGAGAGGGAAAAAGGAGAGAAUUGCGAAGAAAGAUCGAGGGCUGAAAUUGACUGGAAGAGAUUAUAAAUCAUUGAUUGCUAAGGUAAAAUUGUCUGAAACUGUGCCCAAAAUUUCAAUUUUCCACUAAAAACUCGGAUUUUGGAUCAUUUUCAAUGAAUUUUUCACCCAAAAUUGAUAUUUCAGGUCGAAGAAACUCGCGCAACAAUCGCAAAAGUCCGUGAAGCCGAUCCACACAAAGCAACAAUAAUGGAAGACGAAUUGAAAUGGGAAAAAACCAUGAAACGAGCCGAAGGUGGAAAAGUCAAGGAUAAUUUGCAAAUGUUGAAAAAAGCACUGGCAAAAAAGAAUAAAUUGAAAGAGAAAAAGAAGGAAAAAUGGGAGAAUCGAGAGAAAAAGAUUGAGAAUGAAAAGGAAACGGUAAGGAAUGAUUUUGGGAUGAAAAUCCUGUUUUUUUGGAUCAAAAUUCAUCAAAUUUGAGCGAUUUUGACCGGAAAACAGCAAAUGCGCUCUAUUGAACUCUUCGCGUUUUAUGCUAAAAUUCAAAUUUUCAGAAACAAGACAAACGUAAAGGAAAUCUUCAAAAACGAAUCGAUGAUGUCAAAAAACGAAAAUUGGCAAAACUUCGAAAGAAAGGAAGAAUGCUCUAA